AUGGAUGAGGCUUCAGUGGGCACUGCCCCAACAGCCAAAGACGAGGACACCGCCGCCGAAGCCAAGGCAUCGGCAGUUGCUCCCACAGCGAUGGAGGCAUCGGCGACGGGUGUUCCCACAACCGUUGACGAGGCCUCUGCAACUGCCGCACCCACCAUGAUGGACAAGACUCAGAUGGGUGCGACAGCAGCUUCACAAGGCCAACAACAGCCACUGCCAAAGACCGCAGAUGACAUGGAAGUAGACCCUGAGCGAGUCACAGAGGAACGCCGGCGAACGUGCAGUUUGUCACAAGGUGGGAAAACACAGCCCAUGAAGCUGUCCCAAGAUGACUUGGAGUUGGAGCUGGAACGGCUCAUAGAUGCAGAGAUGCCUAGCGCCGAGACGGGAGCAUCGCAAGGUGGGCAGGUGAAGGUGAAGCCGUCCCAGGAUGACUUGGAGCGUGACCUGGAACGGCUCAUGGAGGCAGAGAUGCCUAGCGCCGAGACGGGGGCAUCGCAAGGUGGUCAGGAGAAGGUGAAGCCGUCCCAGGAUGACUUGGAGCGUGACCUGGAACGGCUCAUGGAGGCAGAGGUCUCCGGAAGUCCGACAGAAGAAGGGCCGUCUCAAGGCGGAUCAGACAAGUCGGUGAAGCCAUCCUUGGAUGACUUGGAGUUGGAUCUUGAGCGCCUCAUGGACGAAGCGUCCGCUGCGUCGCGAGCAGGAGCGUAA